CUCUCUCUCUCUCUCUAGCUCUCUCUCUCUAGCAAUCAAAUAUGGCACCAAAUGGAGAUGCAAUGGGUGGGACAUUCAACUUCUCUAGGCCUCCGAGGCUCUCCAACGACGGCCUCCAACGAGCAAUAUCCGAUAUCUCAUUCCAACUAAGCAAAGAAGCAAUAGAUUUGAAGCAACUCUCAACAAUAUCCGAGGUUGAAGACGCGAAAUGUGAUUGUUGUGGGAUGACCGAGGAGUGUACGCCGGAGUACAUAGACCGUGUACGCGACAAGUAUUCGGGGAAGUGGGUGUGCGGGUUGUGUGCCGAGGCAGUGAAGGAAGAGAUGAAGAAAGAUGGUGGGAAAUCAAAGGAGGAAGCAUUGAGUGAACAUAUGAGUGCUUGUUCUAGGUUUAAUAAGUUUGGUAGGGCUUAUCCUGUGUUGGUACAAGCUGAGGCAAUGAGAGAGAUGCUGAAGAAGAACAAAAGAAGGGCGGCCAACCCAACUAGUCCAAGGGAGUUUCAAGGAGGGCAAAAGAAGGGUGCACUUGCUAGGAGUUCAAGUUGCAUUCCUGCCAUUACUAGGGACAUGAUUGAUCUCACUUUGGCUAAUUGAGUAACUAGCUAGCUCCCAUGUCUAUUAAUUAAGCUAAUUACAUGGUUUUUUUUCAUGGCCUUUAUUUUGUGGAUCAAUCUUCUUGCUUACCUUUCAGAGGUUUUUUGGGUUGGCACAAAUAGGGACAUUUUUUUCUCUCUUAAGUUUAUUGCUUUUCGGUUGGGUUACAACUUACUACAUAUGCCUAAUUAGUGAUGUAGAAGCUAAUCUCUUGUUUAUUGUUCAUCAUUAAUGUUUGU